GAGCCUCAAUAACCAACCUACUGCCGAUAGUCCCCUUUAUCGCUAUCUCAGUUAAUUUGAUACGAUAUAAGUGUCAUAACAGGUUACUUAGGUAUAAAGACAACAAUGUCAGCUGUACCAAGAAUUACGAUACCAGGCACAGAUUUGAAUGUUUCUAGGAUUUGUUUAGGUACCUGGCAGUUCAAUGACAAUAAAGAAACAAAUGCUUGGGAGGCACAGUCAGAAGAGGUUUCGAGAGCUAUAGUUACCAAAUGCUUGGAAGUCGGAAUAAAUUUCUUUGAUACAGCUGAGGGUUAUGCUGGAUCUGAGCAGGUAUUAGGGCGAGCUCUACAGGGUAGACGUAAGGAAGCUAUUAUAGCUACUAAGUUCGGAUUUAGAGAAGGACCUAACACUCCUCCUUAUACUGCUGUACAAAUAGACGAGGCUAUAACAAAGGCUUUGACAAAAUUACAAACAUCCUAUGUAGACUUGCUUCAGAUUCAUUUUCCUAGUUUUGUUGCGGAUGUUAAUGACUGUGUAAAGGAACUCAACAGACAAAUCGCUUUAGGGAGAAUUCGAUAUUAUGGUUUAUCCAACUAUGGUCCUAAAAACUUGAAGAAUUUUCUAGAUUUGGGUGGUAAACCCGUUUCUAAUCAGAUGGGAUACAAUUUAUUAUGGAGAUCAGCCGAGCAUGAAGUUAUACCAUUAUGCAAGGAAAAUAACAUAAGUAUACUGGCUUAUUCGCCGCUGCAACAAGGUCUCCUUACAGGAAAAUUUACCAAACUUGAUGAUGUUCCAAUGGGACGGAGGCUGACUAAACUUUUCCACACAUCUGGAAAUCCUAAAACCAGGCAUGGCCAAGAUGGAGCAGAAGACGAGAUGUUUACGGCAAUUGCUAAAAUGAAGAAUAUAUGUCAGCGAGCCAACGUAGACAUGGGAAAAGCAUCUUUAGCCUGGUUACUGCAGCAAAAAAAUGUACCAGUAGCAAUAACAGGAGCCAGUUCACCAGAACAAAUUGUGAAAAACAUCGAUGUUCCCACUCUACCCCAGAGUGUAGUUCAAGAGCUGACAGAUGCCACAGAACCAGUGAAAGCAAAAAUAGGGAAAGUUCUAGAUCAAUGGGCUCAUCCGGAUAGAUGUGAAUAAUAAUGUUUACAAUCUCUUAUAUAGUAUACCAAAAAACGAGUUAUUAUGCUUAAAUAAAAUCCCAAACAAGA